AUGGCGGCGAUGGAGACGCGGGCGGCGAGGGCGGCGCUGAUGGCGGCGAGGGUGACGCAGGGGGAGACGGCGAUGCCGGCGGCGAGGGUGGCGCUGACGGCGGCGAUGGAGAUGCGGGCGGCGAGGGCGGCGAGGGUGGCGCUGACGGCGGCGAUGGAGAUGCGGGCGGCGAGGGCGGCGAGGGCGGCGCUGAUGGCGGCGAUGGAGAUGCGGGCGGCGAGGGUGGCGCUGAUGGCGGCGAGGGUGACGCAGGGGGAGACGGCGAUGCCGACGGCAAGGGCGGCGCUGAUGGCGGCGAUGGAGAUGCGGGCGGCGAGGGCGGCGAGGGCGGCGCUGACGGCGGCGAUGGAGAUGCGGGCGGCGAGGGUGGCGCUGAUGGCGGCGAGGGUGACGCAGGGGGAGACGGCGAUGCCGGCGGCGAGGGUGGCGCUGACGGCGGCGAUGGAGAUGCGGGCGGCGAGGGCGGCGAGGGCGGCGCUGCUGGCGGCGAUGGAGAUGCGGGCGGCGAGGGUGGCGAGGGCGGCGCUGAUGGCGGCGAUGGAGAUGCGGGCGGCGAGGGCGGCGAGGGCGGCGCUGAUGGCGGCGAUGGAGAUGCGGGCGGCGAGGGCGGCGUGGGUGGCGCUGGUGGCGGGGAUGGUGACGCAGGGGGAGACGGCGAUGCCGACGGCAAGGGCGGCGCUGAGGGCGGCGAUGGAGAUGCGGGCGGCGAGGGCGGCGAGGGCGGCGCUGACGGCGGCGAUGGAGAUGCGGGCGGCGAGGGUGGCGCUGAUGGCGGCGAGGGUGACGCAGGGGGAGACGGCGAUGCCGGCGGCGAGGGUGGCGCUGACGGCGGCGAUGGAGAUGCGGGCGGCGAGGGCGGCGAGGGCGGCGCUGCUGGCGGCGAUGGAGAUGCGGGCGGCGAGGGUGGCGAGGGCGGCGCUGAUGGCGGCGAUGGAGAUGCGGGCGGCGAGGGCGGCGAGGGCGGCGCUGAUGGCGGCGAUGGAGAUGCCGGCGGCGAGGGUGGCGCUGAUGGCGGCGAUGGAGAUGCGGGCGGCGAGGGCGGCGAGGGCGGCGCUGACGGCGGCGAUGGAGAUGCGGGCGGCGAGGGUGGCGAGGGUGGCGCUGACGGCGGCGAUGGAGAUGCGGGCGGCGAGGGUGGCGAGGGCGGCGGGCUCGGUGGCGGCGGGCUUGGUGGCGGCGGCGAGGGUGGAGGUGGCGUGGGUGGCGGCGGCGAUGGCGGAGGUGACGAGAAAGGCAACUGUCGUGGUCACGUUGUCUCCGAUAGCAACCUCAACACGAGGCGGUGGGCUCGGCGGUGGUGAGGGCGGCGGAGACGGAGGGGGUGGCAACGGAGGGGGCGAGGGUGGCGGCGGGCUCGGGGGCGGCGGUGACGGAGGCGGCGGCGAGGGCGGCGGCGGCGAGGGCGGUGGUGGGCUGGGCGGCGGCGGACUCGGGGGCGGCGGCGAAGGCGGCGGCGGGCUCGGAGGCGGCGGCGACGGUGGCGGUGGCGACGGCGGUGGCGUGCUUGGCGGCGGCGAGGGCGGCGGUGGCGGCGAGGGUGGGGGUGGGCUCGGUGGCGGCGGCGAGGGUGGUGGUGGGUUCGGCGGUGGCGGCGAGGGCGGUGGCGACGGAGGCGGCGGCGAGGGCGGGGGGGGCGAGGGCGGUGGUGAAGACGGAG